AUGCUCGCCGGGGGCCCCGCUGGCACGCUGGCGGCGGAGGAGAGGGAGCGGCGGCGGCGCAGGCGGCGCGACCCCCCGCAAGGGGCGCCAGCGCCAGCGCCAGACGCACGUAACACAACCGGCGGCGCGGGGCGUCGGCGGCGGGGCAGGGCGCGGCGGGGCGGGGACGGCGGCGGCGGCGGCGACGGACGCUGUGGCACGCAGACGAGCAGUCGAGCAACCAGCCGGGCGCCAGCGGGCGCCGGCCCCCCGGGCGUGGUGGCGCGCCCGCCGCGGGGCGCGCCGGGCCGGCGGGGCCGCGGCGACGGCCCGCCCUGGACCGUGUUCCUGGCGCUGGCCUGCAGUGAGUCGCAGGCGCCCGCGCUGUCGCGGGCCUUCAACCGCACCUUGGCCAACGCCACCAAGGCGAUGGGGCUGGACGGCGCGUACGGCGGCAACGUGACGCUGGCGCCGCUGCUGCUGCCGUUCCCCGAGGGCCGCGCCCUGCACGCACGCGCGCUGGAGCGCUCGUGUGCCGCGCUGGCGGCGGCGCGCCGCGUGGCGGCGCUGCUGCUGGUGGGCGGGUCGCCCGCCGCCGUGGGCAUGGCGCUGGCCGCGGGCGCCGCGGGCGUGCCCGUGCUCUGGGCCCGCGGCAGCGCGCUCGACCCGCCGGGCUUCGUCUACCAGAUUCUUUUCGUGAGGAAAAGAACCCUCUUGGAGGUUUCAUUUUAG